UUGUUAAACUUGUGGACAUGUCAACUCUCUUCCACAUAUCAAUGGUCCUCCACAAUGGUAGGCUGUUUUACAGUAUCAUUGUAAAUAGCUGUUAUAGGCUAUCAUCCUGGUUCAGUUCAAUACCAUGUGAAGGCUUUGGAGUUUGUAGACACGCCCCUACUCCCACUUCAACAUUCUUUCCAAAGACCUUCUAUCUGUGCAGCCAAAGGAACUGCUUCAUUGACUCCUACCAGCUGUGUGGAAAAGCAGGAUCUAUUGCGUUAAAAUAGUGGAGAAAGUGAGUGAACAUGGAAGAGGAGAUGGUUGGAGGGACGACUCCAGGAGGACCAGUGGACUCAGAGGCCCAGAAACGGAGCCCCGAGGAUGCAGUUCAGCAGGAGAGGGGCAAGUGGGCCAACAAGACUGAAUUUCUGCUCUCCAUGGCUGGUGAGAUCAUUGGCCUGGGCAACGUAUGGCGCUUCCCUUAUCUGUGCUACAAGAAUGGAGGAGGUGUCUUCUUUAUCCCGUACUUUGUGUUCCUCUUCUUCUGUGGUAUCCCUGUGUUCUUCCUGGAGACGGCAUUGGGCCAGUACACCAGCGAGGGCGGGGUCACAGCCUGGAGGAAGAUAUGUCCCAUGUUCGAAGGAGUGGGAAUUGCAUCCCAAGUGAUUGUGGCGUACUUGAACAUCUAUUACAUAGUGGUGCUAGCCUGGGGUCUGUUCUACCUAUUCAACUCCUUCAGGAAUCCACUGCCCUGGUCCACCUGUGACAAUGAGUGGAAUACUGAGAACUGUCAUAAUUUGAGUUCCAUGUUGUUGAACCCACACCUCUCCCAGUUCGACUCAGACUGGUCCUUCCUUCACAACCAGACUGACUAUAAUGACGACUAUAUGUUCAGUAAUGAAACCAUGACGAUCACGUCUCCCGAGGAGGAGUUUUGGGCUCGUCGGGUGUUGAGGACGUCAGAUAAUGUGUCUCUGGGUGCUGUGCAUUGGGACCUGGCUCUCUGUUUGCUGCUGGCCUGGAUCAUCUGCUACUUCUGCAUCUGGAAGGGAGUCAAAUCUACAGGCAAGGUGGUGUACUUCACAGCAACGUUCCCCUACCUGAUGCUCUUCAUCCUGUUUAUCCGAGGUGUGACUCUACCAGGGGCUGGAGAGGGCCUAAAGUACUAUCUCUGGCCUCAAAUGGACAAGAUCUUGGAACCUGGGGUGUGGCGUGAUGCAGGGACCCAGGUGUUUUUCUCCUACGCUGUAUGUCAGGGGGUCCUCACCUCUCUGGGCAGCUACAACAAGUACAACAACAACUGUUACAAGGAUUGCGUGGCACUCUGCAUUCUCAACAGUGCCACCAGCAUCUUUGCUGGAUUUGCCGUCUUCUCCGUACUGGGAUUCAUGGCUCACUCACUCAACGUGGACAUGAAUGAAGUCGUUAAAGGAGGACCUGGUCUGGCUUUCAUCGCCUAUCCCAAAGCCGUGUCCCUGCUACCAGGGGCCCAGUUCUGGGCCGUCCUCUUCUUUAUUAUGGUUAUCUUACUGGGCCUGGACAGCCAGUUUGUGUGUGUAGAGAGCUUGGCCACAUCCAUCACUGACAUGUUCCCUGAUGUACUGCGGAGGUCUGGCCGGAGAGAGAUCUUAGUACUAGUCAUCGCUGUAGUCUGCUUCCUACUGGGUCUGCCUCUCAUCACUGAGAAUGGGAUAGUCCUCUUUCAGUUGAUUGACUCGUACGGCGCCAGUGGGACCAGUCUGCUGUUCAUUGCAUGUUUUGAGUGCAUCGCCGUCGCCUGGGUCUACGGUGCGAACCGUUUCCUUGACAACAUUGAAGACAUGAUAGGCUACCGUCCUUUCCCUUCGGUGCUGAAGUACUGCUGGCUGUUUGUGACACCUCUCAUCUGUGGGAUCACCCUGGUGUAUGACACACUGACCAGUUCAUCAACCAAUCUAAAUCUAGAGUACGCACCUGGGCCCUGGGCCUCCCGAGUGGCCUCUCUCCUCAUCCUCACCCCGCUGAUGUGCAUCCCUGUCUACAUUCUGCUGUGUCUGUGGAGGAAUCCUAAAGGGAUGACCACUCCGUCCAGUGACCUGCGCCAGGCACGGCCACACGAACCCAGACUCACCGUGUGUGAGCGUGUCAUCAUCCAGGGACAAAAGAAACCCCCCAGGAUUGCAGGGGAUCGGGAUGAGAAGCUGGCCAUGGAGGAGAUCAGUGGAGUCUUGUGUUGAUGACAUCAUAGAACCUCGACCGUCAGGGUGCCGGGCUGCCUGGUUGGUCUAUGCAGGGAUACCAUGAAAGUCUGGGUCGUAUUCAUUAUGGCGUCAGGUAGCCUAGCGGUUAAGAGUGUUGUGCCAGUAACCGAAAGGUCAGCUGGUUCGUAUCCCCUAGCCAACUAGGUAAAAAAUCUGAUGCGCCCUUGAGCAAGGCACUUAGCCAUAAUUGUUCCUGUAAGUUGCUCUGGAUAAAAAUGACUGCUAAAUAACUGAAAUGUAAAAAUUUGCCACCAAGCGGAAGAAAAAGGACUGAAAAAGGAGGGACAGCCUGAACUUGUUCAAUAAAAAAAAAUGCUACGCUGUGCUCUAAUGAAUACCUCCCAGACUUCAACUGACCCGACAUGAAUGGCUGAUACAUUAGGGCAAAGUCAACACCAACAAAAACAAAUGGUUGACAUUUCAGAUGCAUCAUGCUACAAAUGUUUACACCUGCUCUUGAAUAUUCAGAGGUGUUUUCUCUCUGUUGUAUCUGUUAUUGUUUACUUUUCCUCCUGGAUUGCUAUUUUUUUUUACCAUUUUGAUAACCUAGUCCAGAACCCUUUCAUAUACCUCAUAUGUUACACUAAUGAACCUUGUAUAUUUCAAUGUGCUACAUUUUUUUACUUGCCCCAUAAACAACUUCCUCAUAAUUAA